CCGUUUUCUCUCAGCAUGUUUAUUGGGAAAUUCCUAGAAUUUUAAAGAUAGUCAUUUGCGACGUUUUGAUAGCGGCUCAAAACCGAAGAAGAUUUUACACUGCCGUAUUAGUACAAUAAUUUGGAACAAAAUGUCAGAGUCCGAUAACGAAUGUAUUUUUGUUGAGAGCAAUACCCCUAAAAGUUUGAUCAAUGAUUAUGAUAAUGGAGAAUGUGAUUCGGACAGCGAAUCUGUUGAUAGCAGUUUCUCCAUUUUAGAUAGAACAACAGGUCAUUGUCCUUCAUUAACCACAGCUUGUCAGACUGGUGGUGAACCACUGGAACAAAGAGGAGAUAUAAUACUGACCAAGGAGAUUCCAAAUAAAAUAGAAAAGCUUACAUUUAAAGACUCCAACGCUAUUGAGGAAGUGUUAGAACGAGUGAAAGCAAGAGAAAAUCUUGAUCAAGAUAUUGAGAAUGAAAUUAACAACUUAAAAAGUGUACAAGCAAAUAAGAAGUUAGUCAAUGAGAACUUAACUAAAGCGGCCAGAGUAGCUCUUGAGAAUGUGGAGAUAGCAAGGAAAAAAGCCAGCGAUGGCCAAACAACAGUAAAACGGGCUAUGGAAGUUAUUGAGAAUGCAUUUCCUGUGUUUCUUGAAGCAUGUAACAAGUCCUUUGAGGAGAACAAACUCAAUGAUGAAGUGUCUAGACAGCUCAGUUAUUAUGAGCAAUGUCAACGAGCCGAAAAACAAGCUGCAUAUGAUAUUGAUAUGCGACAACAGAAAGAAGGCCAAGCCUUGGAACACCUAAAUAUGUCGAUUGAACUUUCUGAGAAGGACCUUGAAAAAAUAUCAAAAAAAGCAUACAAUGAAGAAACUCAAGAACGUUUAUUAAGUUUUAAAGCUGUGGGGAAAGAAAUUGAAGAUAUUGUCUCCAAUGAAUUUGAGGAAGUGGAUGGAUGGUUGAUUUCAUGUAAAAGUGAUCUUGAAGUGAUUGAUUUGUUACAGAAUGAACAAAAGGAAAGAUUUAUCACGGCUACAAAAUCAUAUGAGCAAUUGGACAAGAGUUAUGACAUGAAAAUAUCAUUGAAUAAAACUCGCCAAGAAGAAUUGAAUCGUCAGCUCUCUGAAGUAAAAAGACAAGAACGCAAGCUGAUAGAAGAUCAAGCAUUCCAAAAAGAAGUGCAAGCAAGAGCUAAAUUGCUUCAUGAUAAUGUCACAUCUCAAAUGACAGAACUCCAACGUUCAAUCCUUGGUAUCCAAAACAGAGCUAAAACAUGUCAACAAGUAAUGGAGUCUAUGAACAUUUGCGGUAAGGAACUGUUAGAUGCAUCCGUUUCUGCCGAAGAAGCAUACAUCGCUCACUUGAAGAAUUUAGAAACGGAAGCGAUGACCCGUUACAGGUUUGCACUGGCAACGAAAGCUGUCGAGAAGAAGAUCACCAUCGAGAACAGCUACGAAAACAUUUUAGAUUACAAAGAAAGGAUGAAAGUCCUCCAAGAAGAACUAAAGAAGGCCGUGCAGCGUAAUCAACGACUGGUUGCUGAACAAACAAGAGAUAAACUGAAAGAAUUCAACCAAGAGAAGAAGAAGGAACAAGAGAUACACAAAGAUGCUGAAGACAAUUUGAAAUGCAUUAUGGAGAAGCUGGAAAAAUGUGACGCAGAGUUGGUUAAACGACACAUUCAUAUUGAAUCUGUUGAUACCCUAUAUGAUAUAAGAAAGCAAGAAAUGGAAAUCUCCUUGGCGGAGGGCUAUUCGUCAUUAGAACUCUCCGACGCAGAAUACGAAGAAGAGGAAGAGUGAUAUAUUUCAGGCGUCACAGAAAAACAUAAAUAUAAAGUAUUUAAAGUUACGACUGCACCUACCAAUAAUGGACUCAGUUUUAUAGUGUCACCUGUAAAUGAUGGGUGCGUAUCAAAAGUGAAACUGCUGCUUAGAAGCGUUCUUCCUUUCUACACAUAUUUUAGUAAAAUUUAUUUUAACAUAUUUUUAAAAUUGAGUAUGUAUGAAUCAACUGGAGGAGAUGUAAAGGUAAAUACAGCUCAGUUUCGGUUGUUUCAAUGGUUUGACCAAAAAGGAUAUUCUUUUAAGAGAUUAAUGACCAGAAAAAAGCGUCCCUUUCGCAUAAUUCUUAUUUUUCUUAUAUAUUAUAUAUUUAAUAUUUGCUUUCAACUAUCUUUUUUACUAACUGUUAAUCACUGUGGUAGCCACCAAUGGCCCGCCCUUUUUUUAAAAAGAAAUCCAAUACGUGUUUUAUAUUAAAUUUUUAAUAAGGCUUUACGAUUUUAUUCACUGAAGUAAUGUCGAUAGUUUUUACUCUAGAUAUAGACUGUGUCUGCUAAUAACAAAAUAUAAAUCAAUAUGGGAUAGGUGAAUAUGAUAUCCUGAUUAGUUGGCAGAAGGAACUAUCCCUUUUAAAAUUAUAAGCCAAUGCAGUGAUUUAAGGGUUUAAUGUAUAUUUAUCUUUCUUUUUGUUUUUAUUUUUUUUCAUAAAUCAUUUUGAAGCAUAUCAUAGAAGAAUAAGUAAAAACAACAUGUAUAUAUUUAAAAAUGUUGUGUUUAAUUUGUUGUUACACUUUCUCAGAAUAAAACUGUCUCGAUA